UCGUUGUGCUCUCAUAUUCAACGACUGUACCACUGAUCAUAGUGAAUGGUUUGUUUUUCCAUGUCACGCAAGCACAGUAAUCGGUUAAGUCAUUCUUGCAUCGCGUUUUACAUAGGUAUCUCAAAACGAAGAGUCGUUUGAAGAAUUUCGAACAAAUGCGAAAUGUCUUUGAUUAGUACACUUUGGAAAUGUACAUUUAGUCCUCGGCUAUUUAAAGUUUAUGAAAUAACAUGGAUCGGUCGUCUGGUCGACAAAUCAUACGAACCAAAAGUUUUAGAACGAUGGAGCGAUCAAAUUGUAAUUUGCUUUGCAGCAAUUUGGUCAAUAAGCCUGUAUACAAUACCACUAGUUGCCACAUUUUUUUAUCAACGCAGUAAUCCCUUAAUAGAUAAUGUUUAUUUCCUAAGCAAAGUUGCAACUGGCGCUGUUGUAAUUUUAAUUGCAUCUUUGGCAGCACGUGGUUAUUCCAGAGCAAAUAAUCCAACAUAUUUGAAAUUCUUGAAAACAUUAAAUGAUGCAACUGCACAUUAUAACACAGAAACUAAGCAAGAACUUCAGAAGUAUGAGUUUGAGUUCUGGGCAUGGCCUAUAGAUUUUAAAAUUUCUGAUGUUGAAAGGGAGAAGCUACACGAGAAAUUAACAUUAGAAAAAAUUGCAGCUUCUAGUGGGCGUAUAAAAAGACAAACUAAUAAAGAAUUUGUAUUUACAUUGCCUUGUAAAUUAUUAUCAUACAUUGUAGCUCAUACUUUUGCUAUUAAAAUGAUAUACCCUGGAAGUAUAUCAGUUAUUAAUUGGGUAUUUCGUUCUACACUUUUGAAAGGACGAAUAGAUUUAAUAAAACAAAGUGGUGAGAGAUACAAAUUGUUAUCUGCAGAUAACAAUGAAAUUGACACAAUGUUCAUUGAUAAACGAAACAAGACAACAGAAGGGAAUGUAUUAGUCAUUACUUGUGAAGGAAAUUGCAGCUUUUAUGAGACUGGGGUUGCAUCAACUCCUCUAAAAAAAGGAUAUUCCGUAUUAGGAUGGAAUCAUCCAGGCUUUGGUAGCAGCACUGGUGCCCCGUAUCCUCUGCAAGAAGAAAAUGCUAUCGAUUGUGUAAUGCGUUUUGCAAUCGAACACUUAAGGUUUCCUGAGGAACAAAUAAUUCUUUAUGGUUGGAGUAUUGGUGGAUACACUGCUACUUGGGCUGCGAUGAAUUAUCCUUCUAUUCAAAGUCUAGUAUUAGAUGCGACAUUUGACGAUGUACUUCCUUUAGCCAUUAUGACAAUGUCCUCGUCGUUAGAGGGUUUAGUACGGAACAUUAUUAGAGACUAUUUUAAUUUAAAUAUAGCGGAACAGUUAAACAGAUUUAAUGGUCCUGUGUUGCUUAUACGAAGAACAGAAGAUGAAGUAGUAUGCACACCCAGUAAUACUUUAGCAGGCAACCGUGGCAACAUGUUGCUUACAAAACUUUUGAUAAAACGUUAUCCACAACUUUUCUUAGAUACUUCAGAAUGCGGUGCACUUUUAACAAGAUUUUUGUCGGCUGAUGUUUCUACUAGAAAAUCAAUAAUCGAUGCGGUGAAGUUUGACGAAAAGCAGUGCUUGGAAAUAAUUGCACAAGACAUACAAAAAAAUGGCGGUAUUGUACAUUAUCCUUCUACUCUUGGGCAAGACUGUGAUUCUCAAACAAAACAACAACUUAUACUCUUUUUCGCAACAACGUACAUGAAAGAUCAACCGUCAACACAUUGUUCACCGUUAGCCGUGGACUUAUUUCAUCCAGGAUGGCAUCCAGCAUCCACAACAAAGAAAAGGAAAACGGAUACAUGAUAUGCAACAGUGAGAUUAAUGUAUAAGUGGAGGAAUUUAAAAAAAAAAGUAUUUACAAUGCUCAUAAAAUAAUGAAAGAAAGUUCCGUGAUGUUAUAAUUAUCUAAUUAUUAGGAACUUCGUUCAAAAUUCUAAUUUUAUGAUAGACGACACUUUCAAGGAUUAUAGUAAUGUAAGGACUAAGGUUUUCAAUUAAGUAUGAAAUUACUUUAUUUACACUGUUUCUUUAAACACGUAAUAAACACUCGCGGAACUUACAAAGUUUUCAAUGCAUUUAAUCUUGUUUUUACUGCUAAGCAUUAUUUAUUCUGUACAAAUUCCAAACUAUUCUUCAUAUUCCAAAUUGACGAGUACAAUUUUUAUGUUUACUUUUGAAGUUCUAGUCUACCUUUGAUACAUAUAAUCAAAAAAUUGAUAUCAUCGGUGAUGGGAAAAGAGCAUUGAUAUAUAUGCCGAAAUAUAAAAUUGAACAAUUAUAUUAAAAAAUCUUGUUUUGAAAAUUCAUUACAAUGUGGCAUUUAGCGAUAUAUCAAUAAAAUAUUUUUUAUUUUUCAAACA